GACAACCAUCCUCAAUGUAGAACAUUCCCCAAAAUUUGGUUGUUUUAAAUCUUGGAGAAAUUAAUUAUUCACUUUCUGGAAUCUAUUACGUGUGAAAUACAGCAGAAGAUCUUGGUUUCAGGCACUACUUGCUUUAUAUAUAAUCAGCACAAACUUGUGAAAUAUGAGUGUCAUAUACUACUCAUUUUUUGAGAUGGCAAUUUCCAUUAACAUGAAGUAUUCUCUUCAAGCUUUAGCUGUGACUUGCAUCUUGUUUUUCUCCUUCACACUAGGGAAAGCAGAUGAUUAUGGGACUCAAACCGCAGCUGCAGGAGUACUUGAAAAUGAAUAUCUGCCAAAUUAUGGAGGCAUAAAUGGAGGAUAUUCAUCGCAAAACGGAGAUUAUCCUCAUGAAUAUGGGGGUGGCACUGGCACAGCUGAUGCUCAACCUGGCUAUCUUUUCUCUAAAGCUUUGCGAUGUUUCAACGAUAAGCAGCUGCAGAUAUACAGUAGUUGUGAGGAGGCUUAUAGACUGACUGAGACAGGGGAUCUCAAUGUACCACCUGAAUAUACCGAUCAAUAUUGCAGCGGACCAUGCUUGAAGGAGACACACCUUGUGCUAAAUUGUCUUGGAAAUAUACUGUCAAACUUCAGAUUCUAUAAUAAGGCCACCAUUAGGGUGGUCGAAGAGACUAUCAAGGAAGGAUGUAGCUAUGGCCCUAGAAGAGGUUUCUUCAAUGUUGCUGAGCACAUCCUAGCUGAUGGUGGCACUGCUCUUCGCGCUUCCAAGUUCAUGCUACAUGGUGUUGUUCUUAUGUCUUUGACACACAUUUUCUUCCUUUAAAGAAUUUGAAGUGAUGGUAUUGAUGGACAAAGUAGCUUAUAGAUUUAGAUGGAGCAUUCUAGUUUUUGGUGUUGUUCAAUUUGACAAGUGGUAGUGCUGAUAGGUUGUAGUGAACAAAAGCCUAUCUGUUCAUUAUAUCUUGGAAAUUCUUGUUCCAUUUGGGCCGUUGUUGUAGAUAAGCACCCGAGAGUUUGUUAGAUAAUUAUCCAUUUCUAAAUUAUAUGACAAAAUUAAUGUCUAUGCUCGUUAAUUCA